AUGGGACCUCGCCGCCCUUCCCCAACAGCCCUCAGGAGCGCCACAUCCCCGCCAGCAUGUGGAGCACCAUUUACGGCGGGCAGCGCCGCUGUGUUUGUAACGAGGCGCUGUCCCCACGCCGCGGAGCUGCGGGCGCUGCCGCCCGUCCCCGCUCCCCGCUCCCCGCUCCCCGUCAGGCAGCGCCGGCCGCCGGGCGGGACGGACCCUCCUGAGGAAACACCACGGAGCCCCGAAGUUUCCAGCUCAGGAGCGGCGCAGCCCUUUCCCUCCCACCUUGCAAGGCUUUCAGCCGUACCACAGAAACUUUGCUUCACAGAAAGCCGACAGCGGGACCCGGCAGCCCUCCCCCAGCGGCCCGCCCGCGCCCCGGCCCUUCCCCGGCACUCACCGCGGCGGCGGAGGGACGGAGGCCGGGGAGGAGCCCACGGGCGCUUCCCUCACCCCCUCCCGCCCCACACACGGACUCUCCUCCCCGGCGGGAAGCGGCUCCUCCCCGCGCAGGAAUGGCCCGAGGCUCCCUCCUCGCCGGUAUCGCAUUGCCCUCCGCAGCCAUCCCUCCUGCCCCGAGAGGUGCCCGCGUCCCCCGGCAGCGACCAUUUCCCUCGGUCGAGCUCCCCCGUGCAAGGACACUCCAGAGUGCUUCAUGCACAGUUUUGCGCUCCCUACUGA